AUGCCAAGUUUAUCAAAUAUAAAAGAAACCUCAUUAUUUAAUUUACCAUUUAAAAAGAAAAGAUCUUAUACAAUAAAUCCACCUGAUGACCAGUAUAAUGUUACUUAUUUAGGUAAUGUUUUAACAAUCAUUGGUAAAGGUAAUGCUUCAAUUGAAAAACCUUUAAAUUUAAUAUGGAAAACCUUUUGCCAGAAAGGUCAACGUUGUGAUAUGCCUAUGAAGUUGUCUGUUACCCGUUCUGGUUUAAAAGCUGAAACAAAGCAACAAGGUCUUACAGAAUAUUUACCCCAUCGAAUUACAUAUUGUAUUGCACCACCUGCAUAUCCAAAAAUAUUUUGUUGGGUAUAUAAACAUGAAGGUAAAAAAAUGAAACCAGAAUUAAGGUGUCAUGCUGUUUUAUGUAAAAAACCUAAUGAACCAAUGCUUAUUAGUAAUCGGUUAACUGAUUUUUUACAUUCAGCAUUACAAGAAUAUAAGAGAGAAAAAAUUUUAAUGCAAAGAUCAAGAAAGAAUGCCGUUACUAAUGGUCCAUGCCCAAAAAGAAAGUUACUCCUUCAGACAGGAUCUUUAAAUUUUAGACCAACAUUAAAUAAAAAUAAGGCAUUAUCAUUAUUAGGUAGUAUAAAUGAGGAGGAAGAGACUGUAGAUGAUAUUGAAAAUAAAAUUAAUUUGAAUGAUGAAAAAAAAUUAAACGAGACAACUGUUAAAACAAUACUAGAAAAAAAUGAAGGCUCUGUAUGUGAUUAUUUUGACAAUGAUUUAUUGGAAGAAGAUGAAGAAGAAAGGUCUUUUUCAAAGUCAUGUCCUGUUUAUUAUUUACCAUCAACUUCCGGUACUUCAUUAGAUUGUGAUGAUUUUUCUAUGACAUCCUCUAAUACCCAACUAGAUAUGUAUGAAAAACAUAAUGACGUCAAGUUAAAAAGAAAAUUUUCACUAACAAAAAAUGAAAAAGAUUUUCAUAAAGAAUCUUUAGGAAAAAUACUAGAAAAACAAAAAACUAUUUAUGGGUUGUCUUCUUCAUUAAAUAAUAUAUCAAUAGAGGAGGAUGAUGAUGAUGAUGAUAGAUUUAUAGAAAAUAAAGUUAAUUAUAAUAAUUUCCAAAAUUUCCCAACCUCAUCUUUUUCAUUAGAUGUGGAUUGUGAUAAAAAAAUACCAAAUUUUAGUAAUGAAAAUAAUUUAAAAGAAAUAUUUGUAAGGAUUACUGAUAAAGAAAUAUUAUUGGAGGAGGAUGACUUAAGUUCAUAUGAAAAGUCACAAGCAUCAAGUGUUGAUUUUGAAUCCUCAACAUCCUCCUGUUCCUCUAUUGAUGAAGGUUUUAAUGUUUCUGAUCUUUCAAAACUUAAAAAUCCAAAAGUUGAGCUACAAUUUUCUAAAACUUCUAAUAAUAAGGAUAAAGAUGUUGAUUGUAUAAGUGAUGAGAGUGGUUAUCAUGAAGAGACAUUUAGACUUAUCCAUCAAGAACGGGAAAAAAAUGCCAAUAAUAUAAAUUGUAAAAAAAAUGAAGAAAAUAAUCAAAUAGUGAUACAUAUAGACAAAAAAGACAAAUAUGCUGAUUACGAAAUUAGUGACAUUUAA